UGAUGUGAUCUCAGGUUACUUUUUGGUGAAUGGGAAGAGUCUCACUCAUUACUGUUGUUUGUUAAUUUUUCCUGCUCAGAUGCAGAUGGGUAAAUGGAUACCCACUAACAAUGUACAGAAGCCAUGAAUUCCAGAAAAUUACUCUCAGAAACACGGAGAAUGUUUCCUGCUACUAAAGCAUGCUGCCAGCAGCCAUCGCGGAUUCUCAUUGUGGAUGUCACAUCACCUUCCUGGGCCAACACUUGUUCUGUACUCUCGGAAGCUCUGGAAAACUCGCUCUGUUUGGCAUGCAGUUUGACAGGUCCCUGCCGCAUUCCCUUGCUGAGCCUCUACCUGGUACAGAACCAGCAGGAGUGUUUGCUUCCCUUUGUGCACUUGAAGGAGAACUUUGCACGAGUUCAAGCCUGUAUUUCAGAGCUCCGCUCACUACCAAGAGAAGGCUGCUUCCCACAGGGGGGAAAUGGAGUGGUACAGGCUGUGCAGGAUGGACUGCAGCAGUUCAAACAAUACAGCAGACACACAGCAGCAGGAGGCUCGGCAAAUAGUUCUGUUGAGAUCACAAUUCUGACGAGCCAAUCAGGUAAAGAAAUAGGAAAGCAGCUGGAAAGGAAGUUAGAAGAUGUAGACCUUGUGAGUCUGAGAAGGAUACAAGUGGUUGAGGUUUUGAAGAGAGACUUUUUGGAGUCUGAGGAUGGGGAGCAGUGCACACCAGAAGAGCCUAGCAGCAGUGAUAUUGCCAUCCUUGGAAUGGACAUAGAUCUGCAAACCAUAGAGGAUAAUGUCAUCAGCUUGGAGAUGCUGUUUAAAACAUGGCUCCAUGACUGUGGCUCGGAGAGGGAACAUCUUCAUCUCCUUCUUCCAUCUGGAGGCCUCAGCCAUGGCACUGCACCCAAGCCAACCCUAGGUGAUUCUUUUCUUCUGAAGUGUGAUUUGCAAGAAAGAUUGCUCGACCCAACUCUGCUUUCUGGGACAACUGAUGGCACCGUGAGAACAGCUGAUUUGAAUUCAGCCUGCCAGAUGACAGCCUGGCCAGCUACGGUGCUGUAUAAACUCCAGGUUGUAAAAGCUCUGAAGUCUGAAGGGGUCUGCGAAUCUGUACUGUAUGGACUGCCUUUCAUCAUCAAGCCCACAAGCUGCUGGCAGCUAGACUGGGACGAACUGGAGCUAAACCAGCACAGCUUCCAUGCUCUAUGUCAUAGUCUUCUGCAAAGGAAGUGGAUGCUUUUGGCCAAACAUGAGCCACAGAACACUUGUCCAAGCUGGAACGUUGUGGUGCAUUCCUACUACGUCAUUAUCCCUUCUGACUCUGCCACUCUGCUUGUCAAACCGGUGGCUGUCAGAGAGCUCUUGAUGCCAUCAGCCUUCCCAGCCCUCCUUGCUGAGCAUCCUGAGAGCGUACAGGGCCCUAUAGAGAGUGCCCUGAACAGCUUAGAAGUGGAAGUCACUUAUAAUCCCUUACACCUGAAAAGCAACCUGUACAAAUACCUGAAAAGCACGUUGUACAGACCGCUGCACAGGCAGCAGCCCCAGCCCAGAGACCAGCGACCAGAGCGGCAUCAGCCAAAGCAGCAUCAGAGCAGAGCCAAAGCCACAGUGGCACCCCUUCUGAUGGCUCCUUCUCCUGCCCAAUUGUUCAGACCAGCAGGGGUGAGGAGAGAUUCCUGCGUGCACUCCUUCCUCCCCAAAGAGGAUGACAAGAUCCUGCACUGAAGAUGCCCCAGGGCACUGCUAACACCUGCUCUCGUGCAGUUAAUGGCUUGGCUUCUGCUCUGUCGCCACUGAGCCAGAAGCAGACAGGCAAGACACUGAGCCUGGCUUACGUCAGAUGGGUGCUUCCCGUUGUUUGUUGCUCCUUGUUUUAAGGUUUUGUUUGUCACUAAAUCAGUGGGCUGGAAGCUUGCUUCUCUAGGGUUUCUUGGCCUCUUGUUGUUCAGCUGUCCCCUACAACACCUGAUUUUUCAGUACACAUCACCAACGUGCCUCAAAUUACAUUUUUUAGAAUAGGCUAGUGCAGCCCACAAACCACAGCGUGCUGUCAGUGAGUGCAGAAAAACUGCAAGGUAGUGUGGUGGGGAGGUGGGGCAGAUAGAUAAGCUAUACAGCAAUGUCAAGCCACCCUCAUCCUGCAGAAGGUUCAACAGAGUGUUCUGAAUAAGCAUAAAACAGGGCUUUUGGAGAAUGCUGUCCCCCAGUGCAGCAUUAUCCAUGACAGUACUGAUUUGUCUGCUUCCACAGUGGUCUCCUUGUCCAACUCCUGAGCUCAUGGAUGCAUUUGCAGCAAGUGCCAGGCUAGCAGCAGUGUCCUGGCGACUCCUGCACAAUGCAGGAACUCACUGCAGCUGGACCCCAGCAUAGCACGCUCCUCCCUGCCAGUUGUUGCUUGGAAGCCCUCCACCUUAUGGCCCACCUGCAUGUAAGGGACUGUUCUGCAAGCCAGCAUGGCCAGUACAUUUUGGUGAGGCUUAGCAGAUGCAGGGAGUUGGCCUGCAGCUUUCUAGAGAGCUGAGUGAGCCCUAGUUUUUCAGUGCAGGCAUAGGACAGCUGCCCCUGCCGGAGCAGGAGCUGAGGACAGUGCAACUUAACCAAGGUGGGGCAGCAUCACUGGGCUUCCUGGAUACUGCACACAAGCAGGGAUUUGCAUUCCACUUAGUUUGUUCUAACAUUCUGUUUCAAAAUAAAGACCUCUUGCUAAAUGUUACCUUACUGCCUGUGGUCUACAGAGCUUACAGUGUGUGGCAAUCCUAGGACUGACCUCUAUUUCCUGAGAAACAGCUGCUGUUGACCAAGGGCACAAUGCAACAACGUGCUUCCUGGAGGACUGCAGUGGCAGGACAGAGCCAGCUGUUUGCUCCAGGAUCACAGCUCACCAGCAUGCUCUGAUUGCUACCUAUUUUCUACCCAUUCAUGAGAUGUGCACUGAGAUGGUAAAGCACCCAGCAGAAGAAAAGGCGGUGAGACCCUGUUUGUGUCUGAUAGCGGUGGUCUCAUCUGAUACUUGAAUCUUUACAGUACAGCGUGUGCUGUGGAGUCUCAGAGGAUGGCAACAGGACCCUUCCAAGUGUUGAGGGAAGGGCAUCACACAGUUGCUGCUGAGGCUGAGAUGAACCAGAUGCUGCUUCUGCGUCCAUGUGGGAUCUGUGCCAUGAACAACUGCACACAGGCUGAGCCAGGUGCAUGCAAAGCCUGGCCACACCAAUCCCCAUCUUGCUGUGUGCCUGAGCAGGAGGCAGCAUGCAGGCAGCUGCUCAGGGCAGGUACCUGGAGGAAAGGGUAGACGUCCCUAGCAGCACAGGGAGAUGCAUCUCCUGGGGUGUGCAUGCAUGCAGAUGGCCAGUCCUCACCAGUCUCUAACAAACUAGCUCAGAGGGUGAGGAAAUGGGGAGUGGCCAGAAACAAAUGGCAUGAAUGCACACAGAAAUGGUUUCACCUGGGGCAUGCUAACCAGACAAUAUGAAAAGUCAGGCAGAUAAAAUAAUCCCCUCCCUCCUUAUCUGAUCUGAUGACCCAUACAGAAAUUACUUUGGCAAUUCUAUCAGUAGGAAAGGGUAAACAAACAGCAGCUGGUGGUUUACUGUGAAUGAAAGGAGGCUGAUAAAGGGGAAAUUCGCAAAGGGGGAAAUGGGACUACAAGGGGAAAGAAAUCACAAAACUGGGGGUAUUUGGGGGUUCUUUCUGAAGAGCCUUCCACCUGGUCACUGUGUUGUGAAACAGGGCAAUACCCCUACAGCAAGAGUGUUCUUCAGUGCCCUCCCUAAUUCCAGCAUGGGAAAAAAAUAACCUGGCACAAGGGCUGUCUCACACCUGCACCAUGCUGGGACCCCACAUUGGAGGAGGAAGUGGUUA